AAGCAUUAAAUAAAUGCAAAUAAGAAACAAUAACUUUGAAAAGGGCAACAAUAGUGUAGUGAACAUAAUUUAUAAACAUUAUUUGCAUUUGAUAAAGUAAUAAUAAUUAUAUUCACAGAAGCUUGAUUCUUGAGAAUCACCAAACACGGCAUUAUCAUCAUUACAAAAACAAUAUGGAAGAAGAAAAUGAAAAUAAUAGGGAAAUGACAGAUAUUCACAAUAGUGACAGUGAGGAAAUGGUGGACAUUCACAAUACCAGCAAUCACAACAAUAGCGAUAGUGAAGGGGAUGUAGACCCACUUAACCAAUAUACAAAUGCAUAUCUCGACUAUAAUCGAAAAGGUGAAAAUGAUUCGAAUAACGAUGAGAGUUUGGAAGAUAAAGGCUAUAGAACAUUUCUGGUGGCAGAUUAUGUGGAUUACUGCAAGACCACAAAUAUGUCAAAAUGUUUGAUACGGAAUUGCGAAAGACCUAUGAGUGGUCGCAGAACAGGCAACAUCAAAAGACAUUAUCACAAAGUACACAAAUUGGUGAUUGUGCAUAGCAAUAAGCCAGCCGAAAAAAUAAACGAGGCAACGGCUCCACAGUCUUGUAUAACGGUUAACUUGAGCCAAUAUUUCGAUUAUGACCCUUUACUGGAUAAAUCACGCUGUAGAGUGCCCGGUUGUAAUACCGCUCUGGUGGGAAGAAAACCAAAUAACAUUAUGCGUCAUUACAGCAUGGUACAUAAUUUUAAAAUUGAACCGGACAAAUCAAAUGAGUCCAAUGAACCAGUUUACUCACCCCCCGAAAGCAAGGAACAGUCAACAGAUGCUUCCUCCAUAUCGGUUGAUGAUUUAGUGAUACUUGAUGAAGAAACUUCCACGUACCAGUGUUUAUUUGUAACUUGUAACCAGGUUUUGGAAAAAGAUUUGGCCUCUAUCGAAAAACAUUACAAUGAAGUGCAUAAAGUAGUCAUAGCCAGAGAUUCGGAUAAUAUACCAAAUCGUUUUUAUAGAAAACGUAUAUAUCGUUAUAUACACCAGCCCUUUGAAAAUGAUCAGGAGUAUGUGGAAAAUAAACUGCAGGAAUAUAUGAAUCAAACGGUGGCUACAACAAGUUCUAUUAAAAAUGAGCUGUUAAGCGAUGAUGAACAGGCCCUGAUUGAGCCAAUUAGUAACCUACAAGUUCCUUUGGGGAAAAGAGGUUUUGGAAAAUUUGAUUUAUCCAGCUAUGUAGAUUAUGAAGAGGAUAAAAAGGUGUCGAAAUGUCUGAUCAGACAUUGCAAAAGAUCUAUGAGUGGCAGUUUAGUGGGUAAUAUCAAGAGACAUUAUCUGACCAUCCAUAAUUUUGUCAUACUUCAUGGCUCUCACAUUCCAUUCGAAGAUAUUGAAGAAAUGUCCCAUGUAACUGGAGAUCAGAUUAACAGUUUAGUCUGCUAUGAUAAAAAUAGCUUGCACCAGUGUUUAUUUAUUAAUUGUAAUCAUAUUUUGGAGGAAAAUUUGUCCACUAUUAAAAGACAUUACCUUGAAAUCCAUAAAAUUAUCAUAGUAAGAUAUUCUGAUUAUAUAAUGCAAAGAAAACGUAGAUAUCGUGACAUGCUACAAUCCUAUGAAAAUGAAUGUCCCGAUGAUGAGGCGAGUUCGGUGUUUAAUGAAUUCUUAAGCGAUGAUGAUAAAGGGCAAAAUGAGCCUCAAACAGAACAACUAGCGAGUAUGGAAAAAAUCAAAUAUGGAAAAUUGCAAGUAGAAAAUUAUGUAGACUAUCAAAAGGAUACAAAUAUAUCAAAAUGUUUGAUAAAACAAUGCAAACGAACUAUGAGUGGCUGUUUUGUGGGUAAUGUUAAAAGGCACUAUCUGACAAUACACAAAUUUCACAUACUACAUGGCACACGUAUGCCCUACAAGGAUAUGGACGAUAUGUCCAAUAUAACAGGACAGGAAAUUGAUGAUUUAGUACCCUACGAUAUUGCGACCUCCUCUUACCAGUGCUUAUUUAUUAAUUGUAAUCAGAUUUUGGUUAAACACUUGCCUGUCAUACAAAAACAUUAUCAUGAUGUCCAUAAAAUUGUCAUAGCCAGAGAUACGGAUAAAAUUUCGGCUAGAAAAAGUAUGUAUGGCGAUAUAUAUCAGCAAUCCAAUGAAAGUGAAUUUCCUGAUGAAGAGUUUUACUCGGGUUUCAAUGAAUUCUUUAGCGAUGAUGAACAGCCACAAUGCUCUAAAAAUCAGAACGAACCUCAUAACAUGCAACAACUACUCAACUUGGGUAAAAAGGGUUGGGGAAAAUUUAUUUUUGCCAAUUAUGUGCAAUAUGAAAAAGAUACAAAUAAUUCAAAAUGUUUAAUAAAACAUUGCAAACGAUCUAUGAGUGGCUGCAUAGUGGGUAAUAUCAAAAGGCACUAUAAGAGAAUACACAAUUUUAUCAUACUACAUGGCUUGCGCAUGCCUUUCGAAGAGAUAGGUGACAUCUCGGACAAUGUAACCGUCGAUGAUUUAGUGGCCUAUGAUAUAGAAACAUCCUCUUACCAGUGUUUAUUUAUUAAUUGUAACCAGGUGUUGGACAAACAUUUACCCACUGUUAAAAGACAUUAUUGCAAAACCCAUAAGGUUAUUUUAGCUAGAGAUUCUGAUAAAGGUCAAAGAAAACGUAGACAUCGCGAAAUAUAUGAACCGUAUGAAAAUGAACUUCUAGAGGAUGAGUCUUGUUCCGUAAGGAAUGAAUGCUUAAGCGAUGAUGAACAGCCGCAUUGCUCAAAAAGAUCAAAUAUGAAUUUAACAGAUUAUAUGGAUGACACGGAAGUCUGUUUUAUUAAACAAGAAAACAUAAGUGAGGAUGAGGAGAGAACACAUAAUAAUUUUACUAUUUAUACAAGUGAUACGGAAUCACAAUUUAUUAAAAAGCAGUACAUAAGCAAACAUGAUCAGCCGUAUGCUAUUAAACAUAGUUUAAAGCUAAAUUCACAGAAAGCUCAAAAUUUACCAGUAAACAAACCGAAUUUACAGAAAACCUCGCCAGGCAUAUAUUUAACAUUAAGCAAACAGCAAUUUUUCCAGUUAUGUUUGGGCUUGCUAAUUGAACGUGAUUUACCUUUAAAUCUAUUCGAUGAUGAGAAAUAUUUUAAACCCUUAUUGGCUCCCUAUGCCCAAAAAUUUAAUUGUAUUAUCAAUGCUGGUGUAAUGCAAAAAAUAAUGCUAAAAGCAAAUAAUAUUAUUGUGGAAGAUUUAAGGAAUACAUUCACCAAUAAAAUUGUGUGUUUGGAAUUGCAUGUGGUAAAACAGGAAAAUAAUUAUUAUAUGAUUAUUAAUGUAAGAUUUCUGGAGGAGCAAACGAUAUGCAAUAAAUUAAUUGGAUUCUUACCCAUAAAAGAAACAACAAAAAUCUUACCCCUUGCUGAAUGUUUGAGCAGGUUUAACAUCGAUGAGCAACAUGUUUAUAUGAAAACAAUCAUGGCUGGCCUCCUACAAGAAGAUGAGGAAAUUUACAAAAUUUGUAAUGAAAUAUGUAAACAUAAUCCAGAUGUAAAACAUCAUCCUAUAUACGAUCUACAAAGAAUAUUAAGAUCUCUUGUGGAAAAAUACUCCGAAGAUAUUAAAACAUGGCAAGUACUAAGCGAAUACCAGGAAAAAUCAACUAAGGACAUGUUGACAAAUUUAAAAGAAUUUGCACAGUAUUUAGAAAAUUGGUCAAAAACUGAUUUAAAUCUGCAAAAAGCUAAAGAUUUCUUUAAAGCCAUGCAAAUAUUUGGCAAUUUUAUGGAGAAGCUGGAUGGAGAACAGUAUGUGGCCGGUGAUUUUUAUCGUGAUUGGCUGUGUUGUGAGUUGGGCUUAAAAGGAGAACAAACUAAACACAAUAAUCUCUAUGCUGCAGAACUAUAUGAAGACUUGGUUAAAUGCAAAAAUAAACUAUUAGCAGCUAAUGAAUUUAUAGCAGCUUUAUACUUGGAUGCCAGAUUUAACUUUUUGGGCUCACGUUUAUUAAGUGAUGAACAAAAAUCCCAGGGCAAAUUAUUUCUAUGCGACAUAUGGGACAGAUUUAAUAGCUUUCUGAUGAACGCUACUAGCAACGAUGAUGCUUUACCAAAUGAUGCUCAAGACAACGACAAUUCCAAUGAUGAUGAAUAUGCUUUGCUGACCCAACAUAUUAAUGAUACUAUGCCGGUCAAAUCCAAAGUAUCUAUGCAUCAUAAGCUUACUAAUUUUGUACCCUCACAAAGGCAGCCAAUUAGUAUGGAUAUUUUAAAGUACUGGCAUUGUAAUCGCCAGUUUAUGGAAGACAUAAAUGAAUUAACCAAAAUCGUAUUUACACAUUCCGCUUCGCAAUAUAUUUUAAGAGAUUUGCAAACAAAUUUCACGGUUCCAAACAAGGACAGCGAUAAGUUAGAUAAGUUUUUAAUAAAGUGUAAUCAAUGUAUUUUGGAAAAAAAUACAGCGAGAAUAUUUGAGGGUUUUAAUUAAAUUAAAUAAUAGAUGUAUUUUUAAAAUAUCUAAUUAUGUAUUUAUUGUAUGUAUUAAAUUUUUAAAUAAAGUUAUUUAUAUUAAUUAAAAAUCAAAAAAAAAA